AUGGCGAAAACCGGUCGUGCGGGUUGUCAGAACACGGCAUGCAAGAAAGCAGGAGUUAAGAUUCAAAAGGGCGAAUUUAGGAUGGGGACUCUCGUGACUAUCAAUGAGCACACAUCAUGGAUGUGGAAGCAUUGGGGAUGCGUCACUCCUGCUCAAAUCAAGAAGCUCCAAGAUCAAGUCGGGCCGCUUGAGGACUUGGACGAGCUCGAUACCGACCUUGAUCGCAUUAUCGAUGGCUACGACGAGAUUGACGACGAAUCGCGUGAAAAGAUCAAGUUUGCAUUGGAGCAUGGCCAUGUCGCCGAUGAAGACUGGAAUGGUGAACCUGAAUUUAACCGUCCAGGAAUGAAAGGCAUCAACAGACGCACUCCGAAGAAGAAGAAAGCUGCGGAUGGUGAAGACGUUGCUGCAGAGAAUGAGCAGACUCGUUCAAAGCCCAAAGCGAAGCGAGGACGAGGUAAGAAAGCCACGGAUAAAUCAGAGGAUGAAGAAGGCAUGCCCGUGUCGCCGGCAGCCAGGAAGAAAGCCGCACGUCGCAAAAUCAAAGAUGAAGAUGAAGACGGCCAGCCUAACGAGUCGGGGCUUCCAAAGGGGGCCGGAGGGAGGAAACGCAAAGUCUCUGUGAAGGGGGAAGAUAGUGAAGAAGAAGCAGCUCAGAAACCGGUCAAGAGGUCACACGCCAAGAAGGUAGAGGCUGAGGAAAGAGAGGUGGAACUGGUGGAGCCGGUCAAGCGAGAGAAACCGCGAAGGACAACGAAAGCAUCUCGGGAUGCCGAUAAAGGUGAUGAAGAUGUUAAGCUAUACAUUCAACAGAGCGACGAUGGCGUCAAGGCUCCCACCCAAAAAAGCCAAGUCACCGCCAAACGUGAACGAACCAAGCCUGGUCGCAAAGGAAAAGCUGCUCAGCAUGAAGAGCCUCGGGAUGCAGAUGAAGAUGCGGACCACGCUCCGAUCAAAGCUCAGACAAGACCCGAUGCAGAUGUCGAGACAGAGGAUGAGGACCACGCUGAUAACACCCCCACUGCGAUCCCAGAAGGCUACAUCGGUGCUCUUCGUCAAGAUGAUCUGAAUGCUGGUCGAACAACCAUGGCAGCGGCGGAUACCACCAUGGAAGAAGGCGAUCUCGGCAAAGGCCAAGCAGAAGCUGCGCAGCAUGCAGAAGAAAUCAAGGGAAAGACCACCAAAGGCACCAAAGGCAAAACCGGCAGAGCCAAGAAGACCGCUAAGGGUCGAGCCAAAUGA